AUGCUUCUCGUCUUCGCUUUCGUAAUGUUUUUCAUCCCCCGGGGAAAGUUAGAUCCCUCGUUGCCUCUAGAUGGGUGCUCAUCUGACCUUGUAUGCAUGAGCUUAAGUAAUAAUGAUAAUGAAGGUGGAAAUGAAGGUGACAACGAGGAAAAUGAAGAGGAAUCUCGAUCUUUUUUGUGUGUUCAUGAUUUGUAUGAUACCAACGAUGGCGCUAGUGAACAAACCCCUAAUGUUGCUAUUCCUUGUGUUAUGGUGAAGGAUGAUGAUGAUGACAAAGGAUAG